UGCACUGAGCCUAUAGAGUUACUACUUUCUGUGAUCAGGGAUUCUCUGUGUUCUGCAUUCGACAGCAGCAGCUUAAACAACAAGAUGGUGAAACAAAUCCAUUCAUUGGAUGAUUACCAGAAAGCGAUUGCCGUAAAAGGCAAGCUUGUUGUACUUGACUUCACUGCUACUUGGUGUGGACCAUGCAGAUUAAUUGCACCUCGUUAUGAAAAAUUCAGCGAAGAGUUCGUUAAUGCUGACUUUUAUAAAGUAGAUGUGGAUGAAGUGACGGAUGUCGCUCAACUCUGCGGAAUCCGUGCUAUGCCUACAUUCAUAUUUUACAAAGAUGGGAAUAAGAUUGAUGAACUAUGUGGUGCUAAUGAAGGGGAACUGAAGAAAAAGAUCUCUGCACAUGUAUAAAGAAACUAAUCCUGAUCAUAGAAUCUAUUCCUGCAGGACAUCAAUAGUUAGCUGCCAGUGGACUAUGUUUUUAAUAUGAACACUCAGGAUACUGACAUUUAACUUAAAUAUCAAUAGUCUCAUGUUUACUUUUGGAACAUAUCUACAAAAGAUGAGAAGUGAAAUGGGUCCACAACACGUCUACUUUAUGAACAUAUAUUAAGUCCUAUUUUAAGAAUUUGUACCUCUUGAACAGUAGCUUUUGACUUUUAUUGCUGGAAAUGCAUGUUUUUUC